AUGCCGGACUCGGUCUACACAACGGAGGAGUGUGAUGAAUUUUUAUUGUCAGAGUGCGACACAUCCUUUACGAAUGCUUUUACGUUAGAUUCAGCCAGCUGCAAAAGCAGUACUGCUGAUAAGGAUGGUAAUUUAACGGAAAUGUUAGCGGAAGAAACGUAUAAAGCUCUGGAAACAUUCAUGAAGCACCAUAGAGUAAGUGAUACAUCAACAGGACGAACAAUACCACUGACAAGGCUCGUGGAACGGUGCACCAGUCAUUGGGUUAUCAACGAUGUUGUCGUAUCAGUCACGAAUUUUACCGACAAUGGCAAUGCGGAAGAUUCGUCGGCUGAUGUGCAGAGCAAAGACGUGUCAAAGUUCGACACAAGGCGUCGCCAUCAAAAGCCCGUAGCUCCAGCUCGUAAUGCAUUAGAUGAUUCAUGUACUGUGGUAAAACCUGAAGCGAAAAAGUUACCCAUUUCAAUGGUUGUAUGGACUCAGAUUACAGUACGGCAUAUUUUUGGGUCGCAUUCCUGGUAUAUGCGGUCAAUGAAAGAUGUGAUUGGCGAUUUUGGAAUAGCAAACGAUUUCUAUGGCGUUGAUGAAGGCAUGUCAAUAGUGAAGCUUCUUGCAGCCAACAACAAAGCUGUUCAAAUUCCAAGCAGUGAAAAAAGCAAAACAUUACGAUCAUUGCGCAACCUUGACCGAAUCUCGCCACUCGAACUGCACACUGUUGGCGUGGUUUACAUUGCACAUGGCCAGAAAACUGAGUGCGAAAUUUUGGCAAAUUUGUACGGUUCGGCACGCUACGAAAACUUCAUACGCCUGUUGGGGGAGCCGCUGUCCCUGGAGAAUUGUCCAGGUGGCCUUUCCAUUGGGUGCUGUGGCUCUUUCACGUAUGCAUACAUGGACGAAAUUUCGAAAAUUAUUUUUCACGUUGCUACGCUGAUGCCACACAGCGACAGCGAUCCGUCCUGUAAUGCGAAGAAAAAGUUCAUUGGUAACGACUUCGUGUCAGUUGUUUUCAAUGACAGUGGCACAGACUAUACCCUUGGUACGAUCAGUGGAAAAUUCGCACAUGUUGCAUUGGAGGUGGUGCCGCAGGACAAUGAGCACUUACUUAUAACAGUACAUUCGCGUCAGGAGAUCGCACUUUGGCUGGCGUUUUCGCGUGCAUUUCUACCGGACAAGCAGGCGGCAGUGCUGGUACGAAAGCUCAUUAUACGAGCACAGCUAUCGGUUAAU